GUCCAAGCUCUGUGUGCACAGAAUGGCCGGGAGUAAUCUGGUGGGCGUUUGGAACCGCCGUCAGGGAGGCGCCUACAGUGCGAGGAGAGGAGCGGUACCGUCCCGGCUCCCGUCGACUUGGCGUUCGAGACUGCACAAAGUUGUUCAGAGGUUGUCGAAAUUCCCCAAGGGAACCCCAGCGCUAAUCCCAGGAUUCGGCGGGAAAGCGGCUCCCGAACCUAGGCCUAGGCUUUGCCUGGAUUCUUCCAGGCUUCAGGGAAUUGCGAAGCCUCUCCUACAUCGGAGUGGCUGCACCUGACCACAGGAAUUAAGGGCUGGACUAACCUGAAUUACCGAGUUGCCUGGUUGGGGAACCCGAUUGUAUGGUCUUAAGUCCUAUCGCCAGAGGUUUUCUGUGUCUGCGCGCGUGCUCCCGUGCGUGCAUAGCAGGCAUUUUUGUUUAAGGAUUGUUAAAAUGAGUCUUCGGAAGCAAACCCCUAGUGACUUCUUAAAGCAAAUCAUCGGACGACCAGUUGUGGUAAAAUUAAAUUCUGGAGUGGAUUAUCGAGGGGUCCUGGCUUGCCUGGAUGGCUACAUGAAUAUAGCCCUGGAGCAGACAGAGGAAUAUGUAAAUGGACAACUGAAGAAUAAGUAUGGAGAUGCAUUUAUCCGAGGAAACAAUGUGUUGUACAUCAGUACACAGAAGAGAAGGAUGUGAAGACACCAAGAGAGCAACACUUUUCAUAGUUGGAUAUAUUUUUUUAUGAAUUUUUUUUCUAAUUUUUGCUUCUUUUGUGAUGUAAUUUGUCCUGUUUUUAUAAUAAUUGGUGAUUUUUCACUGACGUGAAUAAGAUAAAUAUUUACAAUUGUGGAUUUAAUUGUGAAGUGUUCUUCCACAUUUAAGUUUCAGUCAUUUUUCUUUUACCUCUUGUCAGUGUACAGAAUGCUAAAAGAAUUAAAAAAAAAAACAAAAUAUAUCUCUUCUACAAGAUUAUUUAACUUAAGUUUCGAGGAGUGUCAUUGCAUUUGACUUGCUUUACUUAUCCAGCUAAAAUGAUGCAUACAUUUUAUAUAUUGUGUGGGUGUGUAAUUAAAACAUUUUAGAGGUAUCCUCCUUUAUUGCAUCUUUCUCUGUUCAUACAAAAUCCUUGGGUGAAUAUGUUCUACAAAGGCAUCCAGUUUCAGUCUGAAGCACAAAAAGGGGCCACAAGGUCAGAUGUUCAGCCACUGAUUUAGUCACCUUAAAUAGAAACAGAAUUGGGGAGCUAAGAGGGGCACUUUCACAUGAGUGGGAUUCGAAUCGAGGUGCUGGAGAAAUCCUAAAGAUUAGCAAGAUUUCAGUUAGACUCCUGUCAGCAGUCCCCCUGCGACUCCUAUGCAAUUAGACUUUUUAGAUUUACCUGCUCCCUUUCAGGAACAUUGGCAUCAAUGUUAUUCUCUCAGUUUAUGAACACAGUUUGGGAGAGACCAUUCCUGUACAUCUCUUGCAGUCGGAUUAAACCAAAGCCUGGAGUUUAUAAACUAAUUCAGGUUCUAAUUGUGGAGCUGAGAUUGGGAAAUAAUUUUUCCUAACUUGCUUAGCAAGUGGCUUUAGAGACCCCUGUCUCAAAAAUCAGCUGUGUUUGCGUGUGACGUUGUCCAGGAGCAGAACACCAGGCUUUAUGUUGCUUGGCACAAGUCAGCUCCUCCAAUGAUGUGAUUCCUGCUGAGAGGGUUUUCACAAUUUAUUAAUGAGCUUUCCACAACCCUGCUUUAUUCUCCAAACAGUUUUAUGCUGUCUCUAGGAACAACAAAUAUAUCUGGGCACUGUGGUUGAAUGAACACCAGACAGUUGUGUGAAUGUUGUAUUGGUCUUCCUCUUCUCUCCGUCCCCAGUCUAAAUAGCAUUCCUGUUUCUGGAGCUGGUGGUGUGAUUUAAAACAACUGCUGGGUUGAAGGAUGUAGGGGCAGGAUCAAGGAGGGAGGGAAGGGGUAGUGCUGAUUUUGGAGAGGUGUAUGUAGUGUUUUGUCUUGGUUUAUUUUAAAGAUCAGAGAGUAAUUGGAAACAAUUAUUUUUUAAUUAAUAACUUGGGAAAGGUGAACAGAAACAUUUCACAGGGUUUUACCGUGUGCACAUCAAAAAUAAAACACUUUAUGCUAUGCUUCAA